UCCAAGAACACUGACACGCAUACGCCCUCCAACCUUUCCUGCUAACGAGGUUCUUUCUCAGCAUGUCUCUGUCGGGCAUGUUGUUGCGGAAGAAGAGGUAGUCGGAGCGAGAAUGCCAGGUGCUGUGGUCGAAUGAUAUCACCUGAAAAUCACAUGACGUGCAGCGUAACCGGUCACAAGCCCUUCUUGUGAUAGAAUCUGAGAGACCCGGUGGUGUGGAUACACCAGCCACCAUCACAGGGAAACACCUUUCGUCUGGCGGAGAAGGAAUGCUCAUAGUCGACUCUAUCCUCUUCCCACUCCCUCUCUUAUUCCCUGGGGGAGCCCCUGGCUCUUUAAUUAUCUCACUGAUUAUCUUAUCCAGGUCCUCCUCCUCCUCCUCCUCUUCCCCCGUUAUGAUGUCAUUUUUAAUGACAUCGUUGCUAAUUUUGACUGUCGUCGUAGGUGUUCUACAAGAGGUGGCACUAGCAGCUGCUCUCGGUUUACGGUUGCCAUGGUGAUGACUCGCCUUGGAGACCGUUUCCUUGGAAACGACUCUAGUAGUAGAGGGAGUGGGUGUGGUUUUUGGGGAGCAGUAUUUUCGCUCCACUUCGUCCAGCAGUUCAGUAAUACCAUCAUCAGCCAUCAAAACCCCCUGUUAUGGUUCUACAUAACACACCUCUCAGCAAAAUCUGUUUGUUUGUUUUGCUGAAGUUGGUCUCCAAAACAACACAAUAUUCAGUGCUUUUCGGUGUAUGGGGUGGGCGUUCAUUAGAAUCGACCAUCAUAGUGUAAAGUGGUGCUCUUGCUGGGCUCAGGAAGAUUUCGUGCAUGAGCAGAGGGGCGUCUGGGCAUCACUGGAACGCUGGAUACAUUCCAGAGGGUGACGUCCCAUUUUUUUGUGUCAACAAUAGGCGUAGGCAGAACCCGUGCGCCGCCGUCGCCGUGGCGCAUCUUCCUCCGGGGUUCAACGAGGUCAGCCGCAGUCAAGAUGGCCGUUUUGUUGUCGCUCUCUCUCUGCCUCCUCUUCCUCCUCCUCUCCUCCGCGGGUGGACAGAGCGGGGGUGGGAAAACCUCCAGCGAAGCUGCGAAAGAUGGCGACAAACUGCCCGCCGCCGGCGACGUUACACCCGUCAACAACAGCGACGAUAACGACACCCCGACGGAUCCAGGGCCACCUACGAACGACACGGAGCCUACCACGGAGCCUACCACAGGCUCUGAAGAACCCACCACAACUGAAGCACAGUCAAACGAACCUCCCUCCAAACCCUCACCUCCUCCAUCCUCUCCCCCCUCCACUGACACUGAACCCACUACCACAGACACCACCCCACCCCCCACCACUGCCACCACCGAACCGACAGAUGCCACUACUCAACCUCCCAGUACCACUGAACCGACAACCACUACCACAGAGUCGCCGUCCACUACGAAAAAGCCCACAACAGAAAGUCCAACGACUUUGGGAACUCCCCCGACUUCGGAUUCUCCGACGACGUCAUCGUCCGAGUCUCCCACGACAACAGAGAGUCCUGGGACUGACACGCCAUCGACAGCUGCUCCGGAGGUCGUCGAGCCGACCUACCCUCCGGGAGAGAGGGAGACCUUUAUGUCGCUCUCCAUCUUCUUCAUCCUCAUGUUGUUGGGUGUAAGCACCAUCCUGGUUCAUCUGAUGAUAAAGUUCAAACUUCGUUUCCUGCCCGAGAGCAUCGGCGUCCUCCUAAUCGGGUUCUUUGUGGGGCUGUUUCUGUUCAUUGUGAAGAAGAUUAAUCCAGAGGUGGAGCUGCAGUACCAGGAACGGUUCGACCCAAACCCGUUCUUCCUCCUCCUCCUCCCUCCCAUCAUAUUCGAAUCUGGCUACUCCCUGCACAAGGGCAACUUUUUCAAGAACAUUGGAUCCAUUGUCAUCUUUGCUGUGUUUGGGACCGCCAUUUCUGCCAUCAUUGUCGGAGGAGGACUUUUUUCUCUCUCCAAGAUUGGCGUUGUUUAUGAAUUGAACUUCAUUCAAAGUUUCACGUUUGGAGCCCUGAUAUCGGCGGUGGAUCCCGUGGCAACGCUGGCCAUAUUCCACGCCCUUGAGGUGAACCCUACCCUCAACAUGCUCGUGUUCGGAGAAAGUGUCCUCAACGAUGCCGUCGCCAUCGUCAUGACAAAAACAAUAAUGGAACAGGCGUCCAGCUCUCUGGACAAUCCUGGACUGAUUGUGGCCCACGCCUUCUGGAAAUUCAUUGUCAUGUUCUGCGGCUCCGCCCUUCUCGGGAUUGUCAGCGCUCUUGCCAGUGCACUGUUUCUGAAGUACGUGAAUGUUCGAGAGAUCAAUUCUCUGGAAUUUGUGAUAUGGUUCAUCUUUGGAUUCGGACCCUACUUCAUCGCCGAGGGUCUCAAUUUAUCAGGGAUAAUGGCGGUGUUGUUCAGUGGAAUUGUCAUGUCUCACUACACUCACUUCAACCUGUCCCCAGUCACACAGGUCACAGUCCAACAGACCAUGAGAACCGUGUCGUUCAUGGCAGAGACUGUGGUGUUCCUGUACAUUGGGAUGCAAGUGUUCACAAUCACAACUUCCUUCUCUAUUGGACUCAUUAUAUGGAGCUUGAUUCUCAUUCUCAUCGGACGUGCGGCCAACAUUUUCCCACUUUCGUUUCUCGUGAAUCGAUUCCGGGCCGUCCAGAUCAGUCCUCGUAUGCAGUUUGUCAUGUGGUUCAGCGGCCUAAGAGGAGCAAUAGCGUAUGCGUUGGCACUCAACCUGCAGGAGAGUGUGGGUGACUUUGCCUCACCAGAGACCAUUCGAGUUCUCGACACGGCCACUCUCAUCAUCGUCCUCUUCACCAUAGUUGGUCUCGGGGCCUCCACCCUCCCUCUACUGAAGUUCCUGAGCAAGGGAUCGGCGGCGAACGAGGUGACACUGAGCAAGACGGAGGAGCAGGGGGUAGCCAUCACCUACCCGGAGGAGCUGGAGGAGCAGCUGUCCUUCCAUCCCCCUGCCUCAAGCAGACACCAGUGGUUCCUCUAUCUGGACUACAAGUAUUUCCGUCCGUUUCUCAUCCGCCGGUUCACGAAGAGAGAGGUUCUGCACGCGCGAGUUGACAUGCAGCGACGUACCAACGAGUGGUACCAGGGACUCCGUGAGGCCUCCAGCGAAGAAGACGACGAAGACGUCAUUCUCGAACUGGAAACCACUUUCUCUUCCCCCCACGACCACUCUCACCUCAAGAAGACAAAGAACACUCCGUCGGUUGUCAAGUGGGGUGCCGGUGCUUCUAAUAAGAGCCCACCACCUCUGCGUAGUAGUGGUGGGAAGGGGUUGUUGGGUACAAAGAGUAGCCCGACUCCUCCAGUGUGGACUGAAGUACAGCUGGAGAGUGGGAGAGAGAGCAUGUCCACUCUGGACGACCUGAUGGGGAGGUACACACCGCCAGUGCCCCAGUCGAGGUACCGGCUGCUGUUUCUUCCGGUAUUGAGAGAGAAGAGGGAGACGGGGAGGGAGAACGACAGCGGGGUCAGUCUGGACGGCUCAGAGGAAGAGUCAUCCUCACUGCUGUCACCAGGACCUCCCUCCCACGACAGAGACCUGAGGGGACACCUCCUGCGGACAGCCAGGUGGUGCUGGUGUGACCUGGACACCCGUGAUAUGAUACUCAGGGGAGACACUGUUCCGUACUAUGUGGUUGAGAUUUCCAUCCUCCCGUUUGUGCGAAACGCCUCGCUCUCUCCAAUGGUGUUGCAGCUGCAUCCGAUCUACCAGAGCGAGCGGGGGCGUUGCUAUUUCCGCGGGAGCACUUCCCUCCUGGAAUAUUCCUACCAACAGUUUGCAGAAGUCACCAUUUCUGAGGCGGAGAAACACUUUAACAAAAUAGAGAAGGAGUUGAGAGCAGAAAUGAAACUCUACAUGACUAAGCUGACCCAUGCACUUGCGAAGCUUGCCCUAUAUGAGUCAUGUGAUUGUCACAUGGCCUAAUCACCACACCCACUUGCUCACAUUAUAACAGGUCUACGGCCAAAUGUCACCCUUUCAACACCUUUUUUUCCCAUUGUCAUCCUUUUUCCCUACCACCAAAAUCUCAUUUUUAUUCGAUUGCAUCAUCAACUCAUCAUCACACAUCGAUGCUGCUUUUGUAACACCCUCUCCGUUGAUUUCAAUAAAUUUCAAUAAAUAACCACCUCAGAUACAUCUGACUAGUGCUGUGGGCGAUACAUAAAGCAUGCAGUAAAUUAAAGUGUGACCUCUAUGAGCGUAAUACAUACGCAAUACUGUGUCGUGCUCUCUAGCCAACCACUAGACUUGUGUCUGUUUCAAACUUGUAUUUCGGCACUGCCAGAUUGAGGGGGGCGGGGCCCUUUCUGAUGCGGCCCGAGGUAUCGUAGUGCGAGCCGUGACACGGGCAGAAGUAGCCGCCGUAUUCUCCGGCGUUGGCGAUGGGCACGCAGCCCAGGUGGGUACAGACACCAAUGAGGAUCAUCCACUGGUCUCUCUGGACUCUGGCGUCGUCGGCCUGCGGGUCACGCAGAGUACUGAGGUCCACGUUCUUCGCCGCGUCGAUCUCCUCGGCUGUGCGGUGCCUGACGAAGAGGGGCUUCCCCUGCCACUUUAAGACGACGUUCUUCCCCUCCGGGAUGGCAGAGAGGUCCACCUCUAUCGUUGCCAUUGCUAGGACAUCAGCUGAGGGGCUCAUUGUACUCAGCAGACCCACUAUUGCGUCUUUGGUUGGUACCAUUCCAGCCGCCAGACCGCCUGCAAGGAUUUAGAGAACUCGUUACUAUACUUGUGGCA